AGCCAUUUUGGCUCCGGCGCGCGGCUUGAAGCGCGCGCGCCGAUGCGCACGAUCGCUGGAAGCCCGAUCGGUCCAGCGUGAGCUGGUACCGCGCUGAGGGGGCCACCCUCCAGCGAUGAUGCUUGCCGCCAUGAAGAAGGGCGACGGCGGCGAGGGCGCGAAGGGGGCGAAGCCGGGUGGUGGCCUCCUGGGCCUCGGCGGCUUGGGAGGCCUCACUGGCGUCGGGGGCCUCAAAAGCAAGAUGACGGGGAUGAUCGGGAACAAGAUUGAUGAGGCCGCCUGGCGGAGCAGCCUGACGGACAUGCACAGGGUCAGGAACAUGGCCAGGACACUGUGGUUGAGCCUGGAGCACACCAGCGAGGCGGUGAUGCGGGUCGCCCUGGAGAUCGUGACGUGCCGCAAGGCCAGGAAGAUUCUCUGGUGGAAUGACGAUUCCUGGUCAAUGGAGGAAGGCAAGCCAGAGCAUCUACGAGGUGUCAUCGACGAGAAGUUCGAUGCCGUCCUCCAGAUGUUGGGCAGGGAGCUGAAGGAGCGGCCGGCGCCAGAGCUCAAGAGCGGCCCCAGCAACCGCGAGAUCGAGCUGGAGAAGCAGCUCGGCGACUUGCAGAAGCGGCUCAAGAUCUCGGAGCUGUCUUUGGCCGAGUCCAAGCGCCUGAUGGAGGAGCAGCUGGAGGAGGCCAGGAGCAGGAUCGCCCAGCUGGAGCACAGCGGCGCUUCCCGAGGCGAGACCGCGCUCGCGUCGGAGGUCGAGCGGCUCCGUGCCCUGGAGCAGGAGCAGGCGGCCGCGAUCGCCUCGAUGAGGGCCGACCUCCAGAGGAAGGCCCAGCUGGAGGCUCUGCUCGGGGAGAGGUCGGCCGAGCUGGAGAGAGCCCGCAGGGAGGCCGAGGAGGCGAGGGAGGCCGUUCGUCAGAAGACCGAGGAGCUCGACAGGCUGCGCCGUGAUGGCUCUGGGGCAGCUGGGGCGCAGCUCCAGAAGGAGAUCGACGAGCUCCGGCAGAACAACUACAAGCUGCAGGACGAGGUGGGGUUCCUGAAGGCGCAGCUGGCAGCGGCGCAGGCUGCCGCCGCCGCGGCCUCGAAGGCCGAGAGAAAAGAGCCCGACGCGCCACCGCCGCCGCCGCCUCCGCAGGCCAGUGCUGACGAGUCAGCGGAGCUCGAGCGUCUUCGGAAGCUUGAGGCGGAGUGGAACUCGAGGGGGGAGACGUGCUGCACUUGCGGCAAGCCUUGCCUGCAUUGCACUGGCGCUCUCCCAGAGGAGCCGGCCGCCGCCAAGGAGAAGGAGCCGAAGAAUAGUUCCAGGGACGACAAGGAGGUUCAGGAGAUGAUCGAGAGGAAGGACGCCGAGAUCGCGAGGCUGAAGGCCGAGAAGAAGGAGCUCGAGACGGAGAGGAUGGACAUGCUGGCAAUGAUAGAUAAGCUGCGCAAGCAGAUCUCCAGGCUGAAGGAGGUUGCGCGGGAGGCUGGUCACGGUGACCUCGUAGAGAAGUUGAUGGAGCAGUCGGCGAUCGCCGAGACAAUGCGGAGCCCCGAGAUGUCCUGCUUCUCCCGGCUGUACCAGGACGCCGUGAGGCGCAUGACUGAGGGAGGGCGCAGGAGAUCGACGCAGAGGGAUUUCGUGCAGCCUCGUGUGGUCGUGACCAAGCAGAGCGUCUUCCAGAUGGCGCAGCAAUUCCCCGGGGUGCCCCCCCCCGUGCAGCAGCUGCAGCAGGCCCCCGCCGCUGGGCGCCACGCCGCGGCAGAUGUGGCUCCGCAGGGCCUGGAGCUCAGAGCCGGGCGAGGAGAGGCAGCCUAGAAAACGCGCGCGCGGCGGGCGCGGAGCGGCACGCGCGCUUCGAGCUGGGCGGCAUCGCGGAGGCCGCGACCUACUCCGAGGGCGGCUUCCUGCUAAGCGGCGCGGGCGGCGCCGCUGGCGGCGGGCUGCCGCGGCAGGGCGGCGGCCACUGGAGGCUGAGCACCACGACGGGCUCCCUGCAGAGGGGCGCCCCGCAGCCCCAGCAGGGCAGCGCGGAGCUCCUCUGGGGCUUCGGCGGCCACGGCCCGGAGGGCCCGGCCGCCGCGCCCCGCGGCAUGCUGGCCGCGGAGGGCCUGCCUGGCGGCCGCAGGGGCCUGCCGACGAAGCCGCUGGGUCCAGGGUUCGCGAGCGCGGCGGGCCUGAGGAUCGAGGAGCCAGGCAGCGCAGGGCAUGCCGAGGACAGACGCGGCGCCCAGACUGCCCGUGCCCAGGGGCGCCGGGCUGCCCGGGCUGCCGCGGGUCGGCAGCGACCCCCUGCUGCAGGGCUCGAGGAGCGAGCCGCAGCUGCGGAGGGCGAGCGGCCUCGCGACGCCGAACCGCCUGCCGCAGCUGCCCGUGGGCAAGGGCAGCCAGCCCACGAGCCGCUCUCCGAGCCGGUCUCGGCAGGGCUCCAAAGGAGCCUUACCCUUCAGCUGAGCCGGCCGCUGCCACUCCCAGAGGAGGCCACCGCCCAGCUUGCGCGCGGGAGGCCUCGAAGGGGCCGUUCCGAGCGCCCUCUGUGCGAGCGCAGUCGGGGCUGAGGGGCGCCGAGGGCGCAGCGCCGAGGUCCCGCGAGCUGCAAGCAGGGCCAUGCCCCCUUCUCC